AUGUCUUCCGACGGAACCAAAGGCCCUGUAAUUAUCAAAGGCAUCCAAGAUGGCUUCGAAGGAAAGGAACCGCCCGUUCGACUGGAGUUGCGUGACAUGGCCAAACAUCAACCGGAUCAAUUCACCCUGUUCCUCUUGGGGCUUGAGCGGUUCAAAAACGUCGCCGAGGAUCAGCCGCUUUCCUACUUCCAGAUAGCUGGCAUCCAUGGGAGACCUGCCCUGAAGUGGCCAAACCAAGAUUGGAACCUUGUCGGAGAGAACUUCGAUCCCAAGCGAGGGUAUGGAGGAUACUGUACGCACAGUUCAAUCUUGUUCCUCACGUGGCAUCGUGUCUAUCUCGCUCUCUUUGAGACCGAGCUUUACAAACACGUUGACUUCAUUGCCAAAGAGUUUGGAAAGGAUGGAGAGACGAAGUACGCCAAGGCCGCCAAAUCAUUCCGAAUGCCGUACUGGGAUUGGGCUCGACCUGAACUUCCACUGUUUCCAGACGAAGCUCUCUCUGCAACUAGACACACCGUGGUGAGACCUAAGAGUCAGCAAGGAGACCCUGAUAAAUACCCCGAGGAGAUCAAUCCCCUAAGUUCAUACGAAUUUGGGGCAUACUCCAAAGCUCAGAGAGAUAAGAAUGACCCCGACUAUGUCCGAAUCCUUCGAAAAAAUGUGAAAACGCUGCGAAUGUUUGGUAACAUCGACGAUCCCAAAGCCAAAGCGGAAGCUAUCCGCAUAUUCACCAGACAGGACAUCGGCAUCAAGGGUAUGAACGUGUCUGAGAGAGUCCUGUUCCUUCUCCAGGCGUACACGGACUUUGGAGCCGUGUCAAACAACGGCGAGUUCGGUUCUGAUGAUAAUCCGUUCAACAAUUGGGGUAGCAUUGAGGAUGUUCACAAUGCCGUUCACGGAUACAUUGGAGGAGGGUACAUGGGCAGCCCAGCUUUCGCUGCCUUUGACCCCAUAUUCUGGCUUCACCACACCAACAUCGAUCGACUAUUCGCCAUUUGGCAAGUAUGCAACCCUGGAAAAUGGGUCACGCCGCAGAAGUCAGUUUUUCCGACCAUAGUCCGGCCAGAAAAAUCGGAUGAGGACACUGAUACCGCCUUACCUCCAUUCGCUCGCUCGAUAGGUGCAAAUGGCAAGCAGGAGUUUUGGACUUCGAACGGAACGGAAAACACCAAAGAUUUUGGUUACAUCUACCCAGAGACUCGGAGCGUCUUUAACUCCAGGGAGGCUAUCAUCAAUGAGGUGGAUCGAAUCUACUUGAAGCGGGCCUCCUUCGCCAACAUCUUGCGAAGCAACCCAGCGGACGUCGACACUUUGAAUGUGCUUCGAGACCGCGCGAAGACCCACCUGAAGUCCUCUCCCGAUGAUAAUCCUCAGCUUCCACAGGGUCGUGAUCUUCGUAUCUUGGCAGCCAACGAUAAAUAUCUCGAGUGGCUUGUUAACAUCAGGGCCGACAAAGCUGAGCUGCACGGUAAUUACAUUGUCAACGUCUUCCUCGGCGACCCCUCGGAAGAUAUCCCUCCACUUCUGUACGUGAAGGAUCACACCCACGUUGGAUCAUUCGCCACCUUUGGCCAGGACGAAGAAACUCCUUGCGCGAACUGCAAGAAGGGCCAGGAAGAGAACCAGAGAAUCACCGGUCAAAUCCCUCUGACAAUUGCUCUGGUAGAGCGCUAUUUGGCAGGACAAGUUGACGGUCUCACACCUGACCAUGUGAUCGACUACCUCAAGGCCAACAUCCGAUGGAAGAUUACACUUCCCACUGGAGAGCCUAAAUCACCCGAAGAGACUCAAAAUCUCCUCAUCUGUGUUGUAUCCAACGAGGUAACCAUCAAUGCCAGCAGACCAUUGGAGGUUCCGAAGUAUUCUGACGUGGUCACUCCCUACCCGGAGAUUACCAACCACAUUCCUGAAUCCUACGGUACCGGGUACGAUGGGCACAAUUUCUAG